GUUGGGGUGAUUGUAUCACUGGAUUAGUAGAUGUUGACAAGGGUGGCAAAUAAUUGAUUUCAAAGUAUUUUGGUGAGCACCACUAUGAGAUAUUUGAUUAUUGACGCUCUCUUCUUUUCUGUUUGACUACUGCAUUAGUCUGGACCCGACAAUGAAGCAAGCGGCAGAGGAAUGGAUGCCAGGGGGCAGAACGACUUGAGUGAUUGUGGAUCAGAGCCAAGCAGCCUCCCGAGUAAAGAUAAGAACGGCGACGGUGUCUUGGAAAUAGCAACUUCGAACCUGGAUAAAGUGGCGAGCACGACGAUGAGGAAUGGUUCACCACAAAAGACGUCGCCUGCGCCCCUUUCAUCCACCUCUUCCGCCUCAUCGGCGUCAUCGCCAUCUACAACAACGACAUCCCCUGGUUCCCCUCCAGAGUCCCCAGCAGAGGACCGAGAGAUAUCUUCUCAGCUACAGGAACCUGGCCACGGGGCGGAUCUUACUUCCUCCGCACUGCAGGGCAAUCUUUCCCCUCCCACCAUUGUCCGAUCCUUAUCGCACUCCAAGAGGCAGAGUGUUUUCUUGGCAGACCACAUCACCGUCUCGCAGGAAGGCCCCCUCAUCGACUCUCCAUCGACUCACUUGUCUGGUUCAAAUGAUGACUCACAGGAUAUGAAGGAGGUGGAGAUCGAGACCACAGAUCCCUCUCACUUGUUUUGGGUACCAUUCCAUCUCCAUCCGGAAAUUGCCCCCAAUGAGUACAACCAAUGGCUGACCAAGCAUGGAGUCGAAUCCGAAACUGCGGAUGGAAUUAUCUCGUCAAGGAAAGCUUCCGUCACGCGUCGAAAAUCCGUGUUAUCAGCACAAUACAACCCCGAAGAAGACCAGGAGGAUCGCCCCAGCAGACCAGCAAGACUUGAGGAAGAGGCUGCCGGCCAGGACUUUCUGUCGGGUGUAUUUUCUGUACCCCUGGAGCAGAUGGGGGAGCCACCACUGAAAACAAAGACGUCAUUAAGGCGCAGCGUCAGUCUUUCUGUGUCUUCCCCGACAAGUAAGUACAUUGACCUUGGUCGUAAUGGGUAUCAUGGCGAAGCAUAGUGAUAUGUGGCCAAUAUUUCGAGUGGGUAAAAGCUUCAAUUCGGUCUAACCCUCUACUGUACUAUUUCGUAGGAGAUCACUUUCCUGCGGACGCCGUCGAGGAGGAUCUCAUAUCUGUUAAGCGAACAGGAGGACUUGAGAGGGGAGGUCUCUCGCUCCUGCGGAGGAGCGCGAGGACAAAACUUCGUAGGAACUCCUCGGCAUCAAACGAUACGAGAACUGAUGUGUCGCGCUUGAGGCAAAUCACAAAUGCCAACGGCGAAUAUCCUGCGGUUUCACUAGUCGAUCCUGGUCCACAGCC